UGCAGUUGUGUAUCUGAAAGCAGAUCCAUUUUGCAUUUGCUAGGGUGUUUAAAAUCUUCCGUGGGGGCAAGUUGUUGGUGAGAGGAGGGUUCAGGGCGACGGUAGCAGCAGAAGCAGCAGCAGCAGCCCUUCUUCGCCUGUGUGAACUAGCGGCAGUACGGAGCGAUGCGUUGAAGUUGAGAAAGACAGUAACAAAGGCCAGUAGAAGACCGUGUGGACUACAUCAACAAGCAUGGAGUUCCCGCAACAGCAGAAACCGGCGGGGGACGCAAAGAUCGUCUAUCCUCCUGGAGUAAAAGAGAUUACAGACAAAAUCAGCAAUGAUGAAGUGGUCAAACGAUUGAAGAUGGUGGUGAAGACCUACAUGGACAUGGAUCAAGACUCUGAAGAGGAAAAACAGCAGUAUCUCAGCCUAGCACUUCAUCUCGCCUCAGAGUUCUUCCUCAGGAAUCCAAAUAAAGAUGUACGGCUACUAGUAGCCUGCUGUCUGGCUGACAUCUUCAGGAUCUAUGCUCCUGAGGCCCCUUACACCUCCCACGACAAACUCAAGGACAUCUUCUUGUUCAUCACCAGACAACUAAAGGGGCUAGAAGACACCAAGAGUCCUCAGUUCAACAGAUAUUUUUACCUGCUGGAAAACCUGGCAUGGGUGAAGUCGUACAACAUAUGUUUUGAACUGGAGGACUGCAACGAGAUCUUUAUUCAGUUGUUCAAAAGCCUCUUCUCCGUUAUUAAUAACAGCCAUAACCAGAAGGUUCAGAUGCACAUGAUGGAUCUGAUGAGUUCAAUCAUCAUGGAGGGAGACGGAGUAACACAGGAGCUGCUGGAUACCAUCCUCAUUAACCUCAUUCCUGCACACAAGAAUUUGAACAAGCAAGCGUACGACCUCGCCAAGACUUUGCUUAAGAGGACCGUUCAGACCAUAGAGACAUGUAUCGCAAAUUUCUUCAAUCAGGUUUUAGUGAUGGGCAAAUCAUCAGUCAGUGACCUAUCAGAGCACGUCUUUGACCUCAUCCAGGAACUGUUUGCCAUCGACCCGAUGCUGCUUACCUCCGUCAUGCCACAGCUGGAGUUCAAACUCAAAAGCAAUGAUGGCGAGGAGCGUCUUGCUGUUGUACGGUUGCUAGCUAAGCUGUUUGGGGCCAAAGAUUCUGAGCUGGCCUCACAGAACAGACCACUGUGGCAGUGCUUCUUAGGACGUUUUAAUGACAUCCAUGUUCCAGUGAGACUAGAGUGUGUUAAGUUUGCCAGCCACUGCCUCAUGAAUCACCCAGACCUGGCCAGAGACCUGACAGAAUUCUUAAAGGUACGUUCCCAUGACCCAGAGGAAGCCAUUCGUCAUGAUGUCAUUGUUACCAUCAUUAACUCUGGGAAGAAAGACCUCAACUUGGUCAAUGAUCAGCUGCUGGGCUUUGUACGUGAAAGGACUUUGGACAAAAGGUGGCGUGUGCGUAAGGAGGCCAUGAUGGGUCUGGCUCAACUUUAUAAGAAAUAUUGUCUGCACCAUGAGGCCGGAAAGGAGUCUGCCCAGAAGAUCAGCUGGAUCAAAGACAAGCUGCUGCACAUAUACUAUCAGAACAGUAUUGAUGACAAAUUAUUAGUAGAGAAGAUCUUUGCCCAGUUCAUGGUCCCUCACAGUCUUGACACAGAGGAGAAGAUGAAGUGUCUCUACUACUUGUAUGCCUGCUUGGACACAAAUGCUGUCAAAGCUCUGAACGAGAUGUGGAAGUGUCAGAACAUGCUCAGAGGCCUUGUCAAAGAGCUGCUGGACCUUCACAAGCUACCAGUGUCUGAGGCCAAUAACACAGCCAUGUUUGGGAAACUGAUGAGUAUUGCCAAGAAUCUGCCAGAUGCAGGAAAGGCCCAGGACUUCAUGAAGAAGUUCAACCAGGUUCUUGGGGAGGAUGAGAAGCUCAGAAUCCAGCUGGAGAUGCUCAUCAGCCCGACCUGCUCCUGCAAACAGGCUGAGAUCUGUGUGAGAGAGAUCACCCGGAAGUUGACGUUUCCUAAACAACCCACCAACCCCUUCCUGGAGAUGGUGAAGUUCCUGCUGGAGCGCAUCGCUCCCGUCCACAUCGACUCUGAGGCCAUCAGUGCUCUGGUCAAGCUGCUUAACAAAUCCAUUGAGGGCACAGCAGAUGAUGACGAGGAGGGUGUAACCCCUGAUACAGCCAUCCGCUCUGGUCUGGAGCUACUCAAGGUCCUGUCAUUUACUCACCCCACAGCAUUCCACUCAGCGGAAACCUACGAGUCUCUGCUCCAGUGUUUGAAGAUGGAGGAUGACAAAGUCGCAGAGGCAGCAAUCCAGAUUUUCAGAAACACUGGACAGAAGAUCGAGACGGAGUUACAACAGAUAAAAUCGACCCUGAUUCCCGUCCUGCAUCAGAAAGCUAAGCGAGGGACACCUCACCAGGCCAAGCAGGCUGUCCACUGUAUCCAUGCCAUCUUCAACAACAAGGAAGUGCAGCUGGCGCAGAUAUUUGAGCCUCUGUCACGUAGUCUGAACGCAGAUGUCCCAGAACAGCUCAUCACUCCCCUCGUGUCAUUGGGCCACAUCUCCAUGCUGGCCCCGGAUCAAUUUGCUUCACCAAUGAAGUCCAUCGUGGCUAACUUCAUCGUGAAGGACUUGCUCAUGAAUGAUCGAUCGGUGGGAAACAAGAAUGGCAAGCUGUGGACCACCGAUGAGGAAGUCACUCCAGAAGUUCUAGCGAAAGUACAGGCCAUCAAGCUGCUGGUGCGGUGGUUAUUAGGAAUGAAGAACAACCAAUCCAAGUCGGCUAACUCCACCCUGCGCCUGUUGUCAGCCAUGUUGGUCAGCGAGGGCGACCUCACAGAGCAGAAGAAAAUCAGUAAAUCAGACAUGUCUCGCCUGAGGCUGGCCGCAGGUGGAGCCAUCAUGAAGUUGGCCCAGGAGCCCUGUUACCAUGACAUCAUCACACCUGAGCAGUUCCAGCUCUGCGCCCUUGUUAUCAAUGAUGAGUGCUAUCAGGUUCGUCAGAUCUAUGCUCAGAAGUUGCACCUGGCUCUUGUCAAACUGCUGCUGCCUCUGGAGUACUUGGCUGUCUUCGCCCUUUGUGCCAAAGACCCAGUGAAGGAGCGCCGCGCCCACGCCCGACAGUGCCUCCUUAAAAACAUCUCCGUCCGCAGAGAGUUCAUCAAACAAAACCCACUCGCUCAGGAAAAACUUGUCUCCCUCCUUCCUGAGUAUGUUGUUCCCUAUAUGAUCCACCUGCUGGCUCAUGACCCAGACUUCACAAAACCACAUGAAUAUGAUCAGCUCAAAGACAUCAAAGAGUGCCUGUGGUUCAUGCUGGAAGUACUAAUGACCAAGAACGAGAACAACAGUCACGCUUUUCUUAGGAAGAUGGUUGAGAACAUCAAACAGAGUAAAGAUGCACAGUGUCCUGAAGAUGCCAAGGGCAAUGAGAAGCUUUAUAUCGUCUGUGAUGUUGCUCUCUUUGUGAUCGCCAACAAGAGCACUGCAUGUCACCUGGAUUCCCCAAAAGACCCCAUCUUGCCUUCCAAGUUCUUCCUCACACAAGACAAGGACUUCAAAAAUGAUAAAGAAUAUCUGAUGGCAGACAUGAGACAAAUGCUGCUCACUGGGAAGCCUAAACCGGCUCCAGUGCUGGGAGCUGUGAACAAGCCCCUGACACUACCAGGGAGGCGGAUCUUCAUCAAGACCACCACAGCUUCAGACACAGCCACUAACCCCAGCACAAUCUCCUCUCCACUGAGCUCCUCCACCAUCAACAAAAACAGCAAUGCUGUCAUUGAGUCGUCAGAGAGUCGGGUACAGGAAAACAACGAGAACCCUACGAUCAAGAAUGAGGAGGGGAAGAAGGAGGAGCCGAGUCAAAAUAAGACUUCUGAUGCUGGCACAGAAGCGUCACCCGUCAAACGGCGUGGUCGUCCACCUAAGACGGCUGCCGCUCCUGUAGCGGCCGAAAAAGAGGGAACAGCGGCACCGACGGGGGGCGGAGCUGGCAGAGGCAGGAAGAGAGCAGCCGACCCCAACUCCAAUCCAUCUGCAGAGACCGUCAAUAUCAAGAUGUCAAAACAGCAGCAGCAGCAGAAUGAUGAAGGGACAAAGAGACAGAUUGACUUACAAAGGUAGAGAGAAAACCAGUGAAGGGGAAAUCAAGACUGUAGAGAAUGGGCCGGACUCUCCCCUGUAACCCUCCAAACCUGACGCACAUGCUCCUGACUCUUAAAGCUUUCCUGUUUCCUGGACACAUUAUGGACCUUUCCUAAGACACACAAGUAUGUAUACACAAAGUAUACAUACAUACAGUACAUGUACACAAACACAAACCACUGACAUCCUAGGUUUUAAACACCUUGUUGUCUUGAUUUAAAUCUCACUGUAUGUAGGUGUUAUAUAAAAAAACGUUCCCCCUUUGUUUGUUGCCCUUUGCUUCUUUUGUGGAGCUGUUUUUUAUUUUAAAGAACAGGAUGGACAUUUUAAGAACAUUUUAAUCUGAUUAUGAUUGUUGCUUAUUAAAUACCCUGGGAAAAAUAUUUCUGUCUGCUUACCUCUUCCUCUUUUGUGUCUUACUGUCCUCUGUUGCACAAUACUCUGACUUUAAGCUCACCCUUUUACUUAACAUUGUUGAUUUUUUUGUACAUACAUGUGUGCAACUUCCCAGAUUAACUUUUUGAAUAUUCAAGACGGUGACAAUUGCAGCAGAUAGCUAAAAUAUGGGAGCACCAAUGCAUUUAACAAAAGUACUGGCACCAAAAUUUGAUAUACUUUGGUAUGUUUAGGUUUCUAACUUUGGUAUGUUUAGGUGCUUUAGCUUGGUUUUAGUGUUCAAAGCCAGGUAGAAAUUGUCAGUGGCUUCCUUGUUGCCACUUGUAAUGCUUUUUGAAGGCCUUCUGAUUUAUUUCCAGUGUGUUGAUGGACAAAUUUAAUUUUUCAGACAUUUCUGGAUACUGUGUUCAACCUCUGGUUGCCUCCUUGUUCCUAAACUGGUCUCUCAGUUGUUUUUUUACUGCUCAAAAUCUUUGGAAUGCAAACAUGAUAUAUUACAAUACAAGUAUGUGUUCAGGUUUUUGCUCAUCUUUUACAAUUAAAUAUUUUUUGUACUUUU